AUGGGAAGUUCGAGUAACAUGGGAAGCCCCUCCGGAAACUCGGGCAGCCUGACCGGUCCUAGCAGUUCUAUGGGCAACUCAGGAACUAUGGGAAACACAAUGGGAAGCCCGUUUGGAAGUUCCGGCAGUCUGACUGGCCCUGGUAGUUCCAUGGAAAGUUCAAUGGGGAGUCCAUCCGGCAGCUCAGGAAGCCCGUAUGGAAGCUCGGGCAGUUCGGCUGGCCAUACUGGAAGCUCAUAUGGCAAUCCUUAUGGAAGCUCGGGUAGUCUCACUGGCUCGGAUAGUCCAAUUGGGAGCUUGAUGGGAAGUCUGUUUGGUAGCUCAAGUGGCAUGGGGAGUUCAUAUGGGAACGAAAACAGUAUGAGCGGCCAGGGAAGCUCGAUAGAAAGUCCACCGAGUGUGAUUGAUUCGGGGAGCUCAGAUAGCUAUGGAAAUAUGGGAAGCUCGUAUGGAUAUGAUGACAUGGGAAGCUCAGACAGCUAUGGUGGCAUGGGGUACUAA